AAUGCGAACUUGUGUAGCGAAUGAGAUGUUACAGAAAAAACAGCAAUUUUCACAUGAAGGAUGGCCAAAUUAUCCAAUGAAGCUAAGUAAAGUAUUCAUAGAUUAUAUCAAUUCACUGACUAAACCAGUAUAUUUGGAAACGGGGGAUAAAUACUUCAGUUUUGAAAACAAGAAAAUAGAUUAUAAACCAAGAAAACCCUAGUGGGAUAGAAAGCACAAGAACGAGAAAUAAUUGCAACAUUUUAUUUUAUUGCAAAGUUGAAAAGAAGCUAAGUGGCAAGUGUGUAUUGACAGAUAGCUGGGUCCAAGACAAAGCUGUGCACACAACAUUAUACUGGCACAUGUUGAACUUUACAGUCUGAUGUAUUUUUAGGACUUCAUAUAUAUUGUGUCACUCUGGAAACUCAAACCUCGCUGAAAUGUCAAUUAUAUAUGCUGGAGCUGAGAGUGUGAUAUUAGACCAUGAGAUGUGGAUGCUGCAGCACUAUUUCUUGAGAGGGGAAGGUGACCAUUCAGCAAAUAAAAAAAAGAAGUUUCAGAUGUUGUUUGACCUUCGAACUCCAUUUCUUAUGGAUGGGCAAGCUGAGAAAAUUGCUUCCCAGUUAGAAGGAAAGGAAAUUAAGUCAAGAAAAAGAAAAAGAGAGCACAAAAUGAUGACUCCUCAAGAUAACCAUGAGGAAAACCACAUCCAAGAAGUGUUUGCAGCCCUACGCUUAAGGCCUGAAUAUAAGGAGGCAUUUUGCUAUGUCCCAAGCAGUGACGACUUCAGGAAAAACAACAGCUUGAUACGUGCAAUGAGGAAAAGAUUUACAGAAAUCUCAAACAUCACACUCCCAGUCCUUGAUGAAUCACACAAGAAUUUAAACAUUGGAGUCCAAGAAAUAGUAAAUAACAAGUUCCUACUUCCGCCAAAUGUCCGGUAUAUUUGUGAUGAUGUUAGGAAUCUACUGUCACAUGUGUCAGGAGAUCAAUUUGACAUCAUUGUGAUGGACCCCCCAUGGCUAAAUAAAUAUGUAAAGAGAAGGUGCCUAGCUCAUGGAAAUCAUCAUGGGUAUGAUAUGAUGCCAGUCAGUGACAUUCUUGCUCUACCUGUGAGUAAGAUCUUGAGUCCAAAGGCUUUGGUGGUCAUCUGGUGCACUAAUAAUGCCAGUAUUAUGGAGGAGUUUGUUCAAGGGCUGCACAAGUGGGGUGUUCACUUGGUGGCGACCUGGUACUGGUUAAAGGUUACCAGAGGUGGGGAGCCUGUGACACCCUUUGUUGCCAGUCAUGGUAAACGGCCAUAUGAACGCUUACUGAUUGCAAGCAACUGUGAGAAAGACAAAGACAGAAUUCCAGAUGGAUUAGUAAUAUGCAGUGUUCCGAGUGGAAUCCACUCCCACAAACCACCAUUAGAUGAACUUCUGAAGAGAUUUUCAUCACCAGAACCUAGGUGUUUGGAACUAUUCUGCAGGAGUUUGUGUCCUGGAUGGACAUGCUAUGGGUUGGAAGUGGUCCGUCUGAAUCACUCAUUCCUGUUUGAAGAUGAAACCUUGUAAUCUGACACAACAUUGGAAUUCCUGAAAUGUUUGCAUUCCAGCCAUUAAAAGGACAGUCU